AUUUGGCAAAGUUUGUUACGCUAUAGUAGUUUGGUAGUGGGGUGUGUGAUAGGAUAGCAAAUUGGAUUGCAAUGAUACCUGCACUGUACUCAACAACUGCACUAUAUUAUAUUAUAUGAUAUUAUAAACACAAAACAGUAGUAGCAUCCAUAAAAGAGUGACUUUAUGGUGGUUGGUUCUUCCCCAAUUUUAUAUUCCUAAUUUCCCAUCCCAUGUCACUGGGGGGUCCAAGUGGGAAUGAAACAUAAUAUAUCACCACUCAACUCACCCUUUCGCCUCACUCUCCAAUGGCCUCCAACAAAGAACACCAAAACGGAGACACCCACCUCUCCAAGAAGCCAAAACUCUCCUUCAUCACGGACGCCGAGAUCCAGUCCGAAUUCUCCCACCACGACCCCGCCGUGGCGCGCCUCAACAACGGGGCCUUCGGGUGCUGCCCGGCCUCGGUGCUCGGGGCGCAGCGGGAGUGGCAGCUGAAGAACCUCCGGCAGCCGGACCAGUUCUACUUCAACGACCUGAAGAAGAACCUCCACCGGUCGCGCAGCAUCAUCAAGGAGCUGGUGAACGCGGAACACGUGGAGGAGAUCUCCCUGGUGGACAACGCCUCCACGGCCACGGCCAUCGUCCUCCAGCAGGCCGCCUGGGCCUUCCACGACGGAACCUUCCAGAAAGGCGACGUGGUCCUCAUGCUCCACUACGCCUACGGCGCCGUCAAGAAAGCCAUCGAGGCCUACGUGGCGCGCGCGGGAGGCUCCGUAAUCGAGGUCCCCCUCCCCUUCCCGGUCACCUCCGAGAACGACGUCGUCCGCGAAUUCCGGAAAGCCGUUGAGAUUGGAAAAUCCCGAGGUAACAGAAUCCGCCUGGCGGUUAUAGAUCACGUGACCAGCAUGCCCAGCGUCGUCAUUCCCGUUAAGGAGUUGGUUACUAUUUGCCGAGAGGAGGGGGUCGACCAGGUUUUCGUCGACGCGGCGCACGCGAUUGGCUGCACGCGCGUCGAUAUGCAGGAGAUUGGGGCCGAUUUCUACACCAGCAAUUUGCAUAAGUGGUUCUUCUCUCCUCCUUCCGUUGCGUUCCUCUACGCGCGCAAAUCCCCCAAGUCACGUGACCUGCACCAUCCCGUGGUGUCUCAUGAGUACGGGAAUGGGUUGGCGGUGGAGAGUUCUUGGACUGGGAAUAGAGACUACAGCGCGCAGUUGGUGGUUCCUUCGGUUGUGGAUUUCGUGAAUAGGUUUGAGGGUGGGAUUGAGGGGAUAAGGAAGAGGAACCAUGAUGCGGUUGUUGAGAUGGGGAACAUGCUUGUGGAAGCUUGGGGGACCCAUCUUGGGUGUCCUUCUCACAUGAGUGCUAGCAUGGUCAUGGUGGGUUUGCCUCCUCCUUUGGGGAUUAGGUCUGACUCUGAUGCUAACAAACUUAGGACGCGUUUGAGGGAUGACUUUGGGGUUGAAGUUCCCAUUUAUUUUCGUGGAGGGGAUGAUGGGUCUGUCACUGCAUAUGCCAGAAUUUCUCGUCAGGUUUACAACAAGGUUCACGACUAUUACAAGUUUAGGGAUGCCAUUAAUCAGCUUCUGCAAGACGGAUUUACUUGUGCUCUUCUUUCGGAUUCAAAUUGAGGUGCUCUUCCUCUUAAUUUUUGUGUUAUGCUCUUACUCUUAAUUAACUCCUCAAUAACAUGCACUUCUAUUUCAUAUAUGAAAUAAUAUUUGCAAAUCCGGAUACAAACUCUUUGCCCAUUGCGCCCUUGUGCAAUAUUGUAUCUUCAGUGUAGAAUUUGUAAUGUUUGAGUAGCAAUUCGCAUUCUAUCUUUUGAAUUUUAAGCUUUCUCAUCAUUUACCUUGUGUUGACUUCAAAUUUUCAGCAAGUCUUUUGAGUAACAGAUUAACCCCUUCUCUAACAAAAGGAGCCAAACUAUGGGAAUCAUAUUUUCUUUCUAUCUUAUA